CUCAUUCUAUACACAUUUCCUUCUUCUUCAUCAUUCCUUCUCCACUUUUGUUCAAUUUCUCCUGUUUAUACAAUAUGGGUAUCAAUUAUCCAACAAUGGUGCUCUCAUUGAGAGGUUGAACACAAUCAAGUGAGAAAACCUCCCCAAUUAACCAAAAACUCUACCAAAAUCACAAAAAAACAUCCAAAAUUCAUCCAGAAUGCAGAAAAUAAGCCAAAAUCAGUUCCGAAACCAAAACAAAACAAAAAACUGAAAAUUUUCAGAAGUGGAGCUUUUUGAUCAAAUCUGUACCCUCUAGCCAGUGGAGUUGGUCAGCCGGAGCAGCAGGAGCAUCGCAGGUCAUCCCUCAAAGCUUCUAGUCGCCGCUUGUUGUCCCAUCUAGCUGCUUGCAGCUCGUUUCCGCAAUUAAUGGCCUGCUGAAGCUCCUGGGCGUAGCAAUACAAACCUCCGAACCGAAAACACGACCAGAAUCCGUAGACCAUCUGGAAGAGACGCCCCUUCAGUCCGCUGAUCUGAAGCUGCUCCGGGUUCGCCACCUUUUCUACAUCUAGCCGCCGUAGAACCAUCAAUUGCAAGUAUUUCUUCUGCCUUCGUUGCAGCAUCACCAAACCACGCUCGAAGCCUGUUUCUUCACCUCCGCCGCAGCAUCAUCAGUCUCUGCCCCCGGUGAGCCAUUGCAAGACUUCUUCCAUGAAUGGCCACAUCAAGCUCCCUUCGCAAGGUUUCCGCUCCAGAUCUCGCCGGGGACGGCAUAGUGCCCAGUGUCGCACGAAGCACCAACAUUUGCAUCAAAGAUGAUGUUUUCAAGCGCCUAGCGGUCCGAUACAGCAGCGUUCGCGCGCGGCGACCGGAAAGGCCUGGUGGCGGAGGUGGCCUCUUCUCCUUUCGUUCAUUCCUCCGAAGCUGCAGCGAGAUGGGGACCUCCCUAGGCCUCCUUUCUCCGUCUGGCAGCGAUGACCUCGUUUCGAGCCCUUGCUGGCGGCGACAGUAUGCAUUGGGCGGCCAAGAGUCACGCUCCAUCCCUUUCCGGCGGCAUCAAGGACAAGGCUGAAGGCCUAUGCCAGCUGCGGGAAAUGAAGGGCCAGACUAAGACAUGCCAACAAGACCUCUGCAAUUUGUUGUCCUAUCUCCUCAUGGGGCAUAUCCAGCUAAUCCAGACUCGUUUAUCUUCUGGACGGACAGAACUCAUUGCUUGGUCAAAAUUGGUCAAUUUCAAUGCAAAGUUCUAUACGAACCAAGACUAAUCAAGCCCAAUACUGAUUCUCACCAAUAAUAAUGGGUCGGACCAUUUUUGGGCAAGUGCUUUUAAAGGGCUGGAUUUCAACCCAUCAAAUAUUUCAACCCACUUCAAAAAGAUAAGCACUCUUUAAUUUUCAUAUUAUUUAUUUUUAUUUAAAUUAAUUUUUUGUCGGGCGAGCAUCACACUAUCACGCACUUAUGAUCAAAUACCUAGUAGAGUGUGGCUUGAGACUCAUCACUAGGAUUUAAAGCCCUGACUCCUCAGGCACAAAGCCCUGUCUCCUCAGGCACAAAGCCCCGACCAAGUCGGGCAUGAAGACAAAACUCCGACCAAGUCGGGUAUGAAGACCGGUCUUAGUCAUUCCUCGAGUGGCGACCGUUGCUUACGAAUGGCUCACACAUCCAUUCUACUAAGUAUUUUAUCAUUACAUUAACAAUUCACAUCUCCACUUGUUUCAAGCGACGAACUCCCGAUCGGAAACAUAAAUCCCAAGAAAAAUUUUUAUAUGUAUGAUAAAUGUGUGGGUACGAAGAUGACUUUACUCAUUUUCACCUCGUCUCCACUCGCCUCAAAGAGCGGGGACUGGGGGACUGAGGGGUCAGAGUUUCUAGAUGAGCAGAAAAUAUCACGCAAAAGCAGGAAUGAGAGCUGAGUCAGUUGAAGAGGAGCUGAGCUAGAUUGAUUAUGCCGGAGGGGAUUUACCUUCCUUGUUUCAUGUUGGGGGCGCUAGGUGUACUCUUUUUCCCUUUAUUAGGAUUUUUCCCCGCUGGGUUUUUCCUAGUAAAGGUUUUUAACGAGGCACCUCCCCAUAAUGGACAAGGGUGGUGGUCCCCCGGCCGAAGAGGAAGAACGUUGCAGAUACAGUUUGGACUACUCCCUUUCACCUCGAGUACUCUCGACUCAGGGAGUGGGGGACUCCUGAUGGAUUAUAUGAACUCCGACCCCCCGGUAUGCCGACUACUAGGCCUGGACAGCGGCCCACACACGUUUAGCGGAUAUCAUUAAUAUUAUUGUACAUUAUUAUUAUUAUUAUUAUUAUUCAGAUGUUCUAAAUUAGCUUUUUAUACUAUCAGUCCAUUUAUGUAACCGGGUCUGUCAGGCCCAUAUUAGAGACCCAGACCCGGAUUUUCCCUACAUAUACUCCUUAUAGGAGGCUUGUAACUCAUAUAACCAAUACUCAUUCUAUACACAUUUCCUUCUUCUUCAUCAUUCCUUCUCCACUUUUGUUCAAUUUCUCCUGUUUAUACAAUAUGGGUAUCAAUUAUCCAACAGGGGUUGAUCAGGUUGAUCCGCCGGGUCCUGAUUGACCCGUGACUCCAUCAUUCCUCUAGGUCCGAUCCGGUUUUUACAACAUUGAGAAAAGUCGAACAAAACCUAAUAGAUUUCCAAAACUCGAUUUCACUUCUCUUAAAACCAAUCAAAAAUAGGGAUGGCAACGGGGCGGUUCGGGGACGGGUAUACCAUUACCCGUACCCGCCCCGUUUAAUAAAAAUUUUCCCCGAAACCGCCCCGUUAACCGUCGGGUAUUUUUUACCCGCGGGUAACGGUUUCCCCGCGGGUAACCGUUUUAUUAAAAAAUAAAUUUUUUUCCUUCAAAAUUAGUAUAAAUCCCAAAAUGAUGAUUAACUCCUUAUCAUUAGCCACCUAAAUUAAAAAAAAAAAUCAAAUAGUACCACAGAUAGAUUUAAAUAGAGUUAAAAAACAAAAUUAAAUAGUACCACAAAAUCAUAAUUUAAAAUUUAAAACUUGAUAUAAAUUAUAGCAACCAAUCAAAAUUAAUUUAAUCAUCCAAUACACCUCUACAAAAUUAUUAGCAAUUACAUAAAUUAAAGCAAGGUAGAGUAAUCUAAAAUGUUUGGAGUUUAAACUCAUACGUGAGUUUUAUGAAAGUUAUUGGGUGAAAAAUUAAGAGAGUCACAAUGUGAAAAUUGCGUAGAGAAAAUCACGAAAAUCAAAUAAUCAAUAUGUGAAGAAAAUAAAUCUUUUACAAGUUAACAAAGGAAGGAUGAUGAAUGAUAAUAAAUUUAAAAUAUAAAAUAGUGAACUUUGAGCAACAACUCCUCAUAAUUGCAAAGGAUAACCAAUAAGUUGAAUAUUGUUUAAAAGUAUUAGGGGGAAUAAGUGUCAUAUACUAAUCUACUACUACUCACAUAUACUUAAUAUAUUAAAUAAUAAAUACAUAAACUAUUAAAAUAUAUAAGUUAAUUGUGCGGGUCGGACAAUAGUGUGGGUAACCGUAUCUAAAUUAAACGGGGCGGGUAACGGGGCGGGUAGGUAUAAACCCAUAACCACCCAUUACCCGUUUACAUAAAUCGGGUAUUCCCCGCCCCGUACCCGUUACCCUGUCAAAGCAGUUUUCCCCAUUUUGACCGGUUCAAUUCGGUGCGGGUAUCCGUCGGGUCAGGCUAAAUUGCCAUCCCUAAUCAUGGUGUCUUUGAUUAAGACCGGGGAUUAUGGUGUCUUGUUCUGAACGAAGUUCUGAGUCUGGGGGUGGUCCGCGAAGAUAUUGUAGUGUUUAUAUGGCUUUCAUCCUCAAUUUUUGUAAAUGGUAAUCAACUAUUCAUUACUUUGUAAAAGCGCUGCGUGUAUUGCUUAUUGUAUUUGUAGGUCGCCAUAUGGAUCUUUUAUCUAAAGCAUACUCUAGUUCAUUUGACGAAGACGAUGAUGUCCAUGUCCAAGCUGAACGCAACACACUCAGAUGGAAUCCUCAGAAACGGGCCAGAUUAGAGCCAUCUAAUCGAGGGUUUAAAUCCGUGCCGGUGGUUCACCGGAAUGACGCCUCAAACCCCCCAUCGGAGAGCCCUCUACCCGGCAGGUACAUCUCCAAGCGAGAGAGAAGCGCGUCGGUUUCUGCUUCGAGGGAUUCCAGCCCCAACCAGCCUCCCUCUCACACUUCAGCGAUGGGACCUAUUUCUGCUGUAGAUCUUCCUCAAAAUAUUUUAUCUGCAUUGAAGCAUCAAUCUAACAUAAAUAAGCGCUUUAUCCAAAUGCCUGAGAGACUUACAGUAGCUCUUGAUGGGCACUCAAGAUCAGUUAAUACUGUGCAUUGGUCAAGAAGUCAUUUGUUUAGCCUUCAGCUCACCUUCUUGCAUCUGCUGGCAUGGAUCAAACUGUUUGCAUAUGGAGUGUUUGGAGUAAAGGUAAUAAGAAAGUGCGCGUAUUCACUCAUCACACUGCUGCUGUAAAAGAUGUGAAGUGGUCACAUAAUGGGCUCUCUGUGCUCUCAUGUGGAUAUGACUGCUCUUCGAGGCUAACUGAUGUUGAAAAAGGAGUUGAAACUCAGAUAUUCAAGGAGGACCAAGUUGUAGGAGUGGUGAAAUUUCAUCCUUAUAAUUUCAACCUAUUCAUGUCUGGUGGGUCUAGAGGUGGCCUUAAGCUGUGGGAUGUUAGAACCGGAAAGGUUGUCCAUCAAUAUAAGAAGAAUCUUGGUCCAAUACUUGAUGUAGAAUUCACAGUUGAUGGCAAGCAGUUGAUCUCUUCGAGUGAUGUUUCUGGAAGCAAUAUCAGUGAAAACUCAAUAAUCAUUUGGGAUAUUUCUAGGGAAAUUCCCUUAUCCAACCAGGUCUACAGUGAAGCCUAUACCUGUCCCUCUAUACGAUGCCACCCUUCUGAUGCCUACUUUAUUGCACAAUCAAAUGGAAACUACAUAGCAAUCUUCUCUACAUCCCCUCCCUUCAGACUGGAUAAAUAUAAAAGGUAUGAAAGCCAUAGUGUGACCGGAUUCCCCAUCAAAUGCAAUUUCAACUUGGAUGGGACUAUCAUUGUAAGUGGUUCCUCAGAUGGAUAUAUCUACUUUUACAAUUCCAAAUCAGGUCACCUGAACAAAAAAAUCAAGGCAUAUGAUGAAGCUUGCAUAGAUGCCGUCUUCCAUCCUGUUAUGCCAAACGUUGUUGCUUCUUGCAGCUGGAACGGAGAAGUUUCUGUUUUUGAGUGAGAUGGUAAAUUUGUUAUUAGAUUUUGUCAUUUUGGUAUAAAAGCUGAACUCUCCAGAAAGGCAAGUAUUGGUCGUGUAAAUUUAUGUGAUAAAUGCCUGUGCUUGAGAUGGAGAUAGAUCCUUACAGCAGUUGCUGGAGCAUGUAAUCUGGACAACCAAAAGCUAUGGAUGUCAAAUUGGUUAUACUUGUUAUAUAACAUUUGGAACUUGAUUUGGGAAAGCAAUGUGAAAAACUAAAGAAUAAACUGGCAAAUCAUAU